UGUUUAGUUGUGGCACACAGAGAACAGCUGUUCUGUCUGCUAGUAGCCUCCUACAGCCAGUUUUUAUUCUCAAAGCUAAUGAAAGCCUCUUUGUGUUGCUUCUUUUGACUUCCCCUCAUAUCACAGGUGGAGUUAAAGCGAAGUCAUGGAGCCGGCCUGCCGCAAGGACAGACCAAAGCUGAACUCGACCCCGACCAGAGGAGACAGAGCCAAGCAGAAGUCUGCACAGCAGGAGGCCAAACAGCGACAGAGAGCAGAGAUAUAUGCAUUGAACAAGGUGAUGACCGAGUUGGAGCAGCAGCAGUUUGAGGCCUUUUGCAAACAGAUGCAGUCCCAAGGAGAAUAACAUUAGUAGCUCCACUUCCGCCGUGGAUCAGUUUCUGUUAUUCUACCUAAAAAGACACAACCUUUACACUUCCUUAAACCAUUACGGAUAAAAUCA